ACUACUCCUUUUCCCAACCAACCUUCUGUGAAAUUAUUCUCUUUCUUUCUGAACUUUCCUCUGCUUUAUAACUACAACUCUUCUACUUCCACAACCAUAUAUUAAUUCCUUCAAAUUCAAAGAAGCUUCCAAUUUCUAACACACUCAUAUUCAUCUAUAACCCUUUUGACACUUUGCUCUUUAUAACUAGAACUCCUUCUUCUUCUACAACCAUGUAUUAACUCUUCCUUCAAUUUCAAAGAAGCUUCCAAAUUCAGCCAUGCCUGAAUCAUCAUCCCAAACCCACCUCCUAGCCUACCCCUUCCCAUCUUCCGGCCACUUCAUCCCCCUCAUCGACCUCACCAACACCCUCAUCUCUCGAAGCAUAAACGUCACCGUUUUGCUCACCCCAUCCAACCAAACCUUACUCCCAACCAACCACUCCCCCCUCCUCCAAACCCUCCUCCUCCCCGAACCUCACUUCCCUAACCCGAACCAAAAACGCCUCUUCAACAUCACCAUCUUCAUGCGCCAACACCACUACCCCAUCAUCCUCAACUGGGCCAACACCAUUUCACCACCACCAACCGCCAUCAUCUCCGACUUCUUCCUCGCCUGGACCCACCACCUCGCGGCUGACCUCCACAUCCCCCGCCUCAUCUUCUCCCCCUCCGGCGCCUACUCGCUCUGCAUCUCGCUCUAUCUCUGGCGCGACCUGCCUCAAAACGACAACGCGGAAGAGCAAAACUACGUCGUUUCGUUCCCCAAUCUCCCGAACUCUCCAGCUCAACCAUGGUGGCAGAUAUCUACCUUGUUCAGAGACAAGAGAGGUGAACCGGAGUGGGAAUCACAUAAGGAGAACAUGAACCUGAAUCGUGAAGCUUGGGGUGUCGUUUUCAACUCGUUUGUCGAGUUGGAACAAGGUUACAUUGAUCACGUGAAGAAAGAAUUCGGCCACGAAAGAAUUUGGGCUGUGGGCCCACUUCUUUUAGCUUCCGGUUCGACCGAAUCAGAUGCCCAAGCCCGAGGUGGGUCCAGUACGGUCUCGUGCGGUGAUCUUAGGGGAUGGCUGGACUCGCGCGCGAACGGUUCAGUUGUAUAUGUUUGCUUUGGGAGUAGGACUUUCCUCACGACGACACAGAUGGAGGUUUUAACACGCGCGCUGGAGCUGAGUGGGGUCCACUUUAUAUUAUCAGUGAGGGAGCAGGGUACAGUGCCAUGUGGGUUUGUGGAUCGGGUGCGGGAACGUGGGAUGGUGAUUGAGGGGUGGGCCCCGCAGGUGGUGGUGUUGGGUCACCGCGCAGUGGGCGUGUUCUUGACUCACUGCGGGUGGAACUCGGUGCUGGAGGGGCUGGCGAGUGGGGUGGUGAUGCUAACGUGGCCGAUGGGUGCGGACCAGUUCACGAACGAGAAGCUGCUGGUGGAUGAGAUGGGUGUGGCAGUUCGAGCGGCGGAGGGGACAGAGGAGGUUCCAGAUGCGGAGGAGUUUGCUAAGAGGAUUGUGGGGGCGUUGGGGAGGACAGAGGUGAGGGUGCGGGCUGAAGAGUUGAGAGAGGUUGUCGGGGGUGCGAUUAAGAAAGGUGGGAGUUCUUAUAACCAGUUGGAUGAGUUUGUGAAGGAGCUCAAUGAACUUAAGAAUGAAUGAGCAAUUCACCAUUUUAAAGAUAUAGAUAAAAAAUAAAAGUAGAAAAGAAGUGAAUGUGUGUAUAAAUCAAAACUCCAUUUUAAAUUGUAUUUUAUAUUUAUAAUAGUUUAGAUUUUGAAGGA